CAUCAUUUGUCUCCAGUGUUUAUCAUUUGUCCCCAAUGUUCAUCAUUUGUCUCCAAUGUUCACCAUUUGUCUCCAAUGUUCACCAUUUGUCUCCAAUGUUUAUCAUUUGUCUCCAGUGUUUAUCAUUUGUCUCCAGUGUUCAUCAUUUGUCUCCAGUGUUCACCAUUUGUCUCCAAUGUUCACCAUUUGUCUCCAAUGUUCAUCAUUUGUCUCCAGUGUUCACCAAUUGUCUCCAAUGUUUAUCAUUUGUCUCCAGUGUUUAUCAUUUGUCUCCAGUGUUCACCAUUUGUUUCCAAUGUUCACCAUUUGUCUCCAAUGUUCAUCAUUUGUCUCCAGUAU